AGUCACUCUUACCUCUGAUGAUAAUAAUGGUGAUAAUUUUCUUGGUGCUUCUGUUCUGGGAAAAUGAGGUGAAUGAUGAAGCAGUGAUGUCAACCUUAGAACACUUGCAUGUGGACUACCCUCAGAAUGACGUUCCCGUUCCUGCAAGGUACUGCAACCACAUGAUCAUACAAAGAGUUAUCAGGGAACCUGACCACACUUGUAAAAAGGAGCAUGUCUUCAUCCAUGAGAGGCCUCGAAAAAUCAAUGGUAUUUGCAUUUCUCCCAAGAAGGUUGCUUGCCAAAACCUUUCGGCCAUUUUCUGCUUUCAGAGUAAGACAAAGUUCAAAAUGACAGUCUGUCAGCUCAUUGAAGGCACAAGAUACCCUGCCUGCAGGUACCACUAUUCCCCCACAGAGGGGUUUGUUCUUGUCACUUGUGAUGACUUGAGGCCAGAUAGUUUCCUUGGCUAUGUUAAAUAACUCAAGAUCAGCUCCCGAGUCUGAGAUCUCUUCUCUCAAUGGCAUUGGAGCUGGCUGUGCCUGAGGCAGACCUGGACCGUGGACAUGGGGCAAUGCCUUGAGCGGAAGGGGAAGCCACUGAAUUUUGGGUGUCACCAGGUAAACAGAGCCCUCAGCAUCUGAAUAGAAACUGAACAGGAACAGAAGAGAUUACACUACAUCUGAGAUGGAGACCUUUCCUCUGCUGCUGCUCAGCCUGGGCCUGGUUCUUGCAGAAGCAUCAGAAAGCACAAUGAAGAUAAUUAAAGAAGAAUUUACAGACGAAGAGAUGCAAUAUGACAUGGCAAAAAGUGGCCAAGAAAAACAGACCAUUGAGAUAUUAAUGAACCCGAUCCUGUUAGUUAAAAAUACCAGCCUCAGCAUGUCCAAGGAUGAUAUGUCUUCCUCAUUACUGACAUUCAGAAGUUUACAUUAUAAUGACCCCAAGGGAAACAGUUCGGGUAAUGACAAAGAGUGUUGCAAUGACAUGACAGUCUGGAGAAAAGUUUCAGAAGCAAACGGAUGGUGCAAGUGGAGCAAUAACUUCAUCCACAGCUCCACGGAAGUGAUGCGCAGGGUCCACAGGGCCCCCAGCUGCAAGUUUGUACAGAAUCCUGGCAUAAGCUGCUGUGAGAGCCCAGAACUGGAAAAUACAGUGUGCCAGUUCACUACAGGCAAACAAUUCCCCAGGUGCCAAUACCAUAGUGUUACCUCAUUAGAGAAGAUAUUGACAGUGCUGACAGGUCAUUCUCUGAUGAGCUGGUUAGUUUGUGGCUCUAAGUUGUAAAUCCCACAGAGCUUUAGGACUAGGGUCUUUCGAAAGAAGGACCUCUUCUUGUUCAUUCUUGUUUAAACCUUUCCUUAAUAUCUACUCUUUAGCACUACAGUGAACUCCUGAUUAUUUAUUCUAACUGGAGGAGUGAAAAAUCCAAAAUUGUGGAUAAUUCAAUUAAAAGUUAUGACUGAUA